CGUCAUACAAUGCUCUUGGUCGUGAUAGUCUAAGGUGUGUGUAGACUAAUAUCUUGAUAAUAAAGUAUCAUUUUUUCAAUUAUAAUCUAUGACGCUCACUCCUUGACCGUCUUCAACUAUGACCAGCGAAAUACACAGCAAUACACUAGUAUUCACUAAUCUUCCUACGAAUAUAUUCCAAUCACGGAUAUUAAAUAUAUUAAAGCAAGCCAUAGAAUCAUACGCCAUAAGCUCAGAGAAUAAGCUCUACUCUUGGGUUGCUUUGCCAUCAUUUAGCAGGGCGAUUGCGAUAUUCUGGGAUGCUGGCGAUGCAGCACUCUGCAAGGAUCGUCUAGAUAGACUAGCCAUCGGUAAACAACACAAUCACAAUCGCGAUAACGGUCCUCGCUUACCGAAGAGGCAGCGGGCGAGAUCUGAUUGUCCACCAUUAGCGUCUGAUUGGAAUACUGGAUUUCUUCUGCGUGUCUUCUCUCUUCCACCAACUCCGAUAACAGGGAAGGAGCUUGAUAAUCUCCAUUUAAGUGUACCGGGGAUUGAGAAGAAUUUCUUGAUUUCACCUCCAGGUUCACCCCCAGUUGGUUGGGAACCGAUAGUAGAGGAUCCACCAAAUACUGAGACACUCGCCGAGGAUCUCGUCGCUGCUUUGGAAUCCAUAAAACAUGACGAGACGGCAGGCGAAGCAGAUAGUGGAGAUAAUAUAAAAACUGAACAACUGCCGGGUCUCACCCCACAGUUUCUCUUGACGCCUCAGCGGGAUGUGCCAGGCGUUUCUAUUGCAAACUACACAGACACAAGCAGUCUGACAAAGGAUAAUGAAACUAGCUCAAGUUUGCCAACAAAAGCAACAUCAGAGAGUAUGGCGGGUAGGAAACGGACACAUUCACGCACGCCUAGUCUUUGCGUACCAAGCGAUAGUGAGGAUAUAAUGAGGUCUCCAACGACGAUAACGCCAACGGCGAGACCACCUGUAUGAAUAAACUUGUUAUGUAUCAUUACUUUUUAUGUCGUAAAAGAAA